AUGGAUGCGCACAACUUGCAGGCCGCAUCGACGUAUGUCAACAAUAUUUUACUGGCGCGCGGGCUGUUGAAUGAUGGUGCAUCGAUUGACUUUACCCAUCCCGAAAAUGAUGAGGGGGGAACAGAGGCCACUAUGGCGCGGAUCAUUAACCUGGUCAACGACUUAGUUUUAAGGAGAGACCGAGAAUCCGAGCACCGCGAGAACUUGGCAACAACGAUUCGGACCUUGCGGGGUAGCGAGUCGGAGCAGACUUUGGAGAUCGGGAAACUCAAAACCAAAGCAUCCGAACUGACUCGAUCGCUAGCCCUCGCCCAGGCCUCGGAGAAUGCGCUCCGCGCUAACAUGUCAAGCGCCGAAGCGUCCAUCCGAGGAUUGAAAGAGCAAGUCCAGCGCAUGAAGGCAACCGUCCAACAAGUGCGCGCGCAAUGCGCCAAUGACAUUCGCAAGCGCGAUCUCGAAUUGCAGAAACUAAAAUCCCACCUGGCUGAUCGGCAGCGAGGAAAACGCGAGGGGUUGAGCGUCACUACCAUCAACAUCAACCCUGCGUCAACACGUUCUCGACUGAGAUCCAGUGGUGGCGAACGAGUCAAUGAUCCGGGAUACAGCCUCAAGCAGGAGACAACAGACUUCUUGACAGAGCUUUGCCAGAACCUUAGUGACGAGAAUGAUACAUUAAUCGAACUUGCGCGAAACACCGUCGAGACGCUGAAGGAAGUACAAGGACUCCCCUUGGGCGAGGAAGGAAACCAGGGUGACGAUAUAUCUGGAUUGGCUGCCAGUGUUGGUCCACAAAAACCGGCUAGCGCUGUGACUACACUUCCUACGUCGACCGAGGAAUUGUCUAUGCGGAUGGAUGCGGUGCUGGAUCACUUGCGAACAUUACUCACAAACCCCUCUUUUGUGCCGCUGGAAGAGGUGGAAAUCCGGGACGAAGAAAUCAAGCGACUACGCGGAAGCUGGGAGAAGAUGGAAAAUCGUUGGAAGCAAGCUGUCACUAUGAUGGACGGAUGGCAGCGUCGUCUUGCGGAUGGUGGUGACUCGGUUCGGGCAGAAGAGCUGAAACUGGGCAUGAACCUCGAUAUGAGUUUCAAUUCCACUGAAGAUCUGAGCUUCCAGGGCCAGACAGAGAAUAAGCCUAUCUCCCCGAUUUUGGAGGACCAAGAAGAGAUGAGCGAAACCGAAGACCAGCCAGAUGCUACUACAGACGUCCCUCUGACUCGAUCCAAGAUUCGCAAGGUUCCGGAGCGCGCAGAGCGGGCUCUUCGAGAACGCAGUGAUAAUGCAACUGCCAGACCUAAAAGACUCCGAAAAGUUUCGUUCACACCUGGCCUGCAAGGAUCGCCAUGUGAGCCCAGUGCCGACGAUGAAACUCUGCAGGUCAAGGCUCAUAGAUCGGGAGCUGUGACUCGCCGGCCAUCACGCCGCAAGACGGAUCUCGGGGCAAGCCAGUUGUCUAAUGGCACCGAAUCUAUGAGUAUCCACCAAAAGUUAGCCGCAGCCGAAGAUGAAGCUCGUGAGGCGGCAAGCUCUCGCAAAGAGCGGGAGACACGAAAAAGAAGUCGCCCAGAGAAACCUUCCAGUCGGCCGGGCAACCGACGCCGAAGUACUCUCACUAGCGAUGAGCUGGAUGAUCUUAUGGGUGUUCCCUCCCGAUGA